CUUGCUCUUUGUUUCAUCUUUGACGUGGGCCGGCAUUUUCCCACAACACCCUGCUGUUGCUGCUGCUGCUCUCACAGAUGACGAAAAUGGCGGACAACGGGUCGUCGGUCGAGAUUGUUGAAGGCUGUCGCCUCCCUGUUCUUCGUAAAAACCAAGAACACGAGGACGAAUGGCCAUUGGCUGAAAUUCUGAGUGUGAAAGAAGUCUCUGGGAGAAAGCUCUACUAUGUCCACUACAUUGACUUCAAUAAGCGUCUGGAUGAGUGGGUCACAUCGGACAGGCUGGACAUGAAAAAGCUCCAGUUCCCUAAGAAAGAAGCUAAAACUCCAACCAAGAAUGGUCUUCCAGGCUCCCGGCCCAGUUCUCCAGAGAGAGAAGUGAGGAAGAGUCUAGAUCUCAACCUACAAUCUGCCACAGCUCCUUCCAGAGGCAAAACCCUCCCCACACCGCUGUCGGGUAAUGCUGAACUGCAUGGAAAUCCAGAUAGAAACAGCCAUGACACAGUAAAGGAAGAUGAUGAUCCAGUCGUGCAGGUCAAAUCUGGAAGUGGUUUAACAAACAGUGUAUCCAAAUCUUUGUCAGGUGUACGCACUGGACAUGUCAAGCCACAUUUCAGCUUCAAAUCUUUCAAGAAAAGGAAAGUAGAGACCGUCCCCUUGGCGACUCAGGUAUCCCCGGCCACCCCCGUACCCUCCCUGCCAAGUUCAGCUGAAGCCUCUCAGGCAUCUGUUUUUCCUGCUGUGAGGGACACCAACACCUUUAAAUCCCGCGAAGACCAUGACCAGCUCGCUUCACUUACAACGAACGGCACUGCCCGACGACUCAUCCCCGCUCAACCCGGGAGGAAGAGGAAAGCUAAUUGUGGAGGAACUGACGAGAUGAUAAAGGUUUUGCAGUAUAACAACCCUCAAAGUGCCAGUGUCUUUCUACCACCACCAGAGGACUCCCAGGACAGUUCAGAUGGCAUCCCAUCUGCACCUCGCAUGACGGGCAGUCUGGUGUCUGACCGCAGCCAUGACGACAUUGUCACCCGGAUGAAAAACAUAGAGUGUAUAGAGCUGGGACGUCACAGACUGAAGCCCUGGUACUUCUCGCCAUACCCGCAGGAACUCACCACAUUGCCCAUCCUCUACCUCUGUGAAUUCUGCCUCAAGUACCUCAAGAGCCUCAAGUGUCUCCAAAGGCAUUUGACAAAAUGUAAUCUGAGACAUCCUCCAGGCAACGAGAUCUACCGCAAAGGCACCAUCUCAUUCUUUGAGAUAGACGGCAGGAAAAACAAAACAUAUUCCCAGAACCUGUGUUUACUUGCUAAGUGUUUCCUGGACCACAAAACUUUGUAUUACGACACGGACCCUUUCCUCUUCUAUGUAAUGACAGAGUAUGACUCCAAAGGCUUCCACAUAGUGGGCUACUUCUCUAAGGAAAAAGAGUCAACUGAAGAUUAUAAUGUUGCCUGCAUCCUGACGUUGCCUCCCUACCAGAGGAGAGGCUAUGGCAAACUGCUCAUUGAGUUCAGUUACGAGCUAUCUAAGGUCGAAGGGAAGACUGGCACUCCUGAGAAGCCACUUUCUGACCUCGGUCUUUUGUCCUAUCGCUCCUACUGGUCCCAGACCAUCUUGGAAAUUCUCAUGGACCUUAAACCUGACAAUGGCGAAAGGCCGCAGAUAACCAUCAAUGAGAUCAGUGAGAUCACAAGUGUAAAGAAAGAAGAUGUCAUUUCAACACUUCAGUACCUCAACCUAAUCAACUAUUACAAGGGUCAGUACAUCCUGACACUCUCAGAAGACAUUGUGGAGGGGCAUGAAAGAGCAAUGCAGAAGAGACACUUGCGCAUAGAUCCUAAAUGCCUUCACUUCACACCUAAGGACUGGAGCAAGAGGGGCAAGUGGUAGAGUCCCAGCCUGGUUCACACAGUCCCCCCUCCCCAGCUGUCCACUCACAGAAAGACAAAGGUUUUUGUCAAGCUGUUUCAUAAAGAACCUCGUAACCUUUUUGGAACCAGACCCAAACGAUGAACAUAAACUGUCACUUGAGAAGCAAAAGCUUUCAUUGUGAAUAUUCAUUGUAUUUUGUGAAUAUAAAAACACUCAAACAUGGGGACAAAAGAGAGACAGUGACACCGCCAAAAACUUUCAGAAACAACGCACUCUCUACUGUACAAAAAAUCCAUUUUAUGACUGAAACCGUGUGUUAAAAGUGAGAUGAGGUGUUUGUUUAAUAAUGUAAAUUAAAGCCUAAAAUGGCAAACGUACAGACCACCCAGUGCAAACAAGAUGGUGGAUUUAUAGAUAAAAAAUUUUACAGUUCUACACUGAAUUUCUUGGUAAAAACCACAAAGGAGUUUACUUGUCCUGAGAUUCAACAAGGAUUUUUUCCCCUCUGCUUUGGCCAACACAAACACAAGUGUGUGUUUUUUAUUCACAUCCUUUGUGUCUGCCACAAGAGGAAGUAGAAUUAAAAUAUUGUCAUCUGAGUUAUUUAUGUAUCUCAGAAAGACUUUUGUAAACACAGUCCAUCAGAAUUCCCUGUGCGACUUUAUCCGAUAAAAUCACUUCAGUUUUUCAUAAAACUCAUUUUUAAGAAACCAUAGUUGAUUGAGGAACCACACUCCAAAAUUAAAUCUUCUCUUUCUACUUUGUUUAGUGAUAUUUGUACAAAGCGAGCAGGCCUCAACACCUCCCUCCUUGUUUUUUGUUGAAAACAAUGUCCAGUGAUGAACAGGCUUGUUAGAUUUACACUCAACCCAUUAAUGACUGUGAUUUUGUGUGAGAAGGUGCAAGGAAUCAACAUUCAGAUCUGCUUUGGCUCUAAGACAAAUACCCUUUCAAAUUCUCAUCUCAACACACAGAUACUAAUUUCCUGUUUAUUUUGAUUCUCCCAGAGUGCCUGAAUUUUAAUGUGUCCUGACUAACAGGGAGAACAGAAAUGUGCAGGUUGUUUCCUGCUGUAGGUUAUUUUCAACAACCAGAACAAUGUGGAUACAGGCAGACAUAUUCUAAACUAGACAUCAUGACCUGCCGGUGUGAUGUUGCAUUAGAACCAACAUGACCAGUUUAUGCUGUUACUAUUUUACAAGAGUAACUGUGCUUUUCAUUUCCCUUUAUUUUGAAUAGUUGGAGGCUUUACAGUCUUUGUGAUUAUUCAGGUGAAUAUUUCAUAUUUAAUUCAGAUAAUCCUCUGUCAUGAUCAUCUGUAUACAGUGUGCAAUGAGACAAAUCAAUUCCCCCAAUUAUAACAUGUUCCUUGUAACUACAUAUUGAACCUGAUUGUAAAGAGGAAAAAAAGCUUAGAAGACAGAAGCCAUGUUGAACUGUUAGAGGAAUGUAAAUUUUGUGUACAGUUGUCUUUUCUUCUUCUUUUUUUUUUACUUAAUGUAAACUAACGGGCCUCACAAUGUUGAGAGGAGAAGACCUUAAAGUGAUAUCUUACUUUCAGUUUGUGUUUUAUGUUUACGUGUCACAAAGGAUGUUGAAUUUACCUUGUUGAAAUUAUUUAGUAUAUCUUUAUGUGAAACACA